CAGUGCUAGCCAAACCUCAAGCCGGCUCCGUUAGGCUGCUUUAGUGUUUACUGGAUGUGAUGUGCAGAGAGGUUUCAGCAGAACCGUUGCUUAGGGAAAUAGGGGGAGGGGGAGGCAGGGAGGUGUGUUGCUGUCUUUGGGUUUUGCACCCAGCUUAAGAGAUUGCUCUCUUCUCUCCAUAGAGCCUCUCUGACCACACAAUUGGCAAAGACCUCCAGAGCACGAGGACAGGGCAAAGGCACUCCCCUGCCUUGUAUGACUGACUGCAGAAACAGAGGCAUGAGGACUCGCCUGGGAUGUCUGUCUCACAAAUCAGACUCGUGCAGCGACUUCACGGCUAUCCUUCCAGACAAACCCAACCGGGCUUUAAAGAGAUUAUCAACGGAAGAAGCUACAAGAUGGGCAGAUUCUUUUGAUGUCCUUCUGUCCCAUAAAUAUGGAGUGGCAGCAUUUCGUGCAUUCCUAAAGACUGAGUUCAGUGAAGAGAACCUGGAAUUCUGGCUGGCUUGUGAGGAGUUCAAAAAGACACGGUCCACUGCCAAGCUGGCUUCCAAGGCACACAGGAUUUUUGAAGAAUUUAUUGAUGUGCAAGCACCACGAGAGGUAAACAUAGACUUCCAGACCCGAGAGGUGACAAGACGGAACAUACAGGAGCCCUCGCCAACAUGCUUUGACCAGGCCCAGGACAAAAUUCACAGCCUUAUGGAAAAAGACUCUUACCCCAGGUUCCUAAGGUCAAAAAUGUAUACAGACCUGCUGUCUCAAACCCAGAGGAGGCUCAGCUAGAGCAGAGAUGGAGACUCCCCUCCUUAGAUACCAUGAGCUUCCUGCACCAGCCAAAUCCAUUUCCGUAUGUGAAAUUAAGUUCAUUGGUGUUACAACAGCAGUAGAAUGAGAGGGGGAGCGGAAGAAGCACGAAGAGAUGGGCUGUAUGUGUAUGUGUCAAACAUUUCUCAGCAUGAGUCCAGUGCUCUCUUUGGAUCCUUGUGUGUGUGUGUGCAUGUGUGAGCAGACACCUAUAUUUUUAACUUUAGCAAAUGCACACACACAACACUGAAACACUUUGUAGGUGGUGCUGUUUUCAGGAACAUAACAUCUGAACUACAUUUUAUGCUGAAUUCACUGGCCGUGAAGCCAGGCUUCCUGAUUCCUUUACUACACUAGGCUAGUCGGUAAAUAGUCAUCUGUGCUGCACCACAAGCAACCAAAGCAGAUCCUGAAAGAGAACCUGCAGGGUCAGAGGCUGGCAUUGUCGAGAAGCACCAGAAACAAGCAGCCAGGGGUGCAAGGCACCAUGCAGAAAGGACAGUCAAAUUGCAGUAACUCGUCAGCCAAAAGGACAUAAACCAGCA